AUGUCCUUCCAAAACUACGACCAGUUCCAGGGCCAGCCUACGGGCGAGCAGAACAACCAGACCCCGCAGCCCGACCUCGGCCAGCAGAUGGAUACCUCUGGCAACGGCUUCCCGCCCCAGGGCAGCAUGGGUCCGCCAGACAGCGCGGGUGCCGAUGGCCAGGGCCAAGGCCAAGGCGCCGGCAAGACGACUCUCUGGAUGGGCGAACUCGAGCCCUGGAUCGACGAGAAUUUCGUGCGCAGCAUUUGGUACAACAUGGGCGAGACGGUCAACGUCAAGAUGAUUCGCGACAAGUUCUCCGGCAAUGCUGGAUAUUGCUUCGUUGAUUUCGCCAGCGCUGAUGCUGCUGCCAAGGCUCUCUCUCUCAACGGCCAAUUGAUCCCAAACUCGAACCGUCCCUUCAAGCUCAACUGGGCCUCUGGUGGUGGUCUUGCUGACCGGAGCCGCGAUGAGCGCGGCCCCGAGUAUAGCAUCUUCGUCGGCGAUCUGGGUCCCGAAGUCACCGAGUUUGUCCUUGUACAGCUCUUCCAGAACCGCUACCCGUCCACCAAGUCCGCCAAGAUCAUGUCCGACCCCAUCAGCGGAAUGUCGCGCGGCUACGGUUUCGUGCGAUUCGCCAGCGAGGAAGACCAGCAAAAGGCCCUUACUGAGAUGCAAGGUGUCUACUGCGGUAACCGCCCUAUGCGCAUCUCCACCGCUACCCCCAAGAACAAGAGCGGUGGCCCAGGCGGACCCGGCGCUAUGGGCAUGCCCCAACAAGGUGGCGGCCCUGGCAUGGGCAUGUACUCCAUGGGCGCUCCUCCCAUGGGCUACUACGGUGCUCCCCAGCCCAUGAACCAGUUCACCGACCCCAACAACACGACUGUUUUCGUUGGCGGCCUGUCUGGCUAUGUCACCGAGGAUGAGCUUCGCUCCUUCUUCCAGGGCUUUGGUGAGAUCACCUACGUCAAGAUCCCCCCCGGCAAGGGAUGCGGCUUCGUCCAGUUCGUGCAGCGUCAUGCCGCAGAGAUGGCCAUCAACCAGAUGCAAGGUUACCCGAUCGGUAACUCGCGUGUUCGCCUUAGCUGGGGUCGCUCGCAGAACAAUUCUGGCCCUGCUGGCACCCCUUACCGCCCGGCACCUCCCCCGCCGGUUUACGGUCCGGGUAUGGGCAUGCCCCCGCAACACCCCUACGGCGGCGGCGGCGGGUUUGCUCCCAUGAAGGUAGGAGCAUCGCUUCCAUUCCACACACAUGAACAGUGCUGA